CAUGCGCAGUGGGCGUGCUCGCGCCACCGCCCAUCAGCUGAGACUGGCCGCUCCGGGCAGUGGGCCCCCGGGUGAGCGCGGCUGGGGGUGGCGGAGGAAGCCCGCGAGGUCAAGGUGACUCCUAUAAAACCAGAUAGCCUACUUGCAUCUGAUGAAAUCAACCAGUCAGCCAACCAGCCAUGUCUUACACUCCGGGGAUUGGUGGGGACCCUGCCCAGCUGGCACAGCGCAUCUCCUCUAACAUCCAAAAGAUCACACAAUGCUCCGUGGAAAUACAGAGGACUCUGAAUCAACUUGGAACACCUCAAGAUUCACCGGAAUUGAGGCAACAACUGCAGCAGAAGCAGCAGUAUACCAACCAACUUGCAAAAGAAACAGAUAAGUACAUUAAAGAGUUUGGCUCUCUGCCCAGCACCCCCAGUGAGCAGCGUCAAAGAAAGAUACAGAAAGACCGAUUAGUGGCAGAAUUCACCACAUCAUUAACAAACUUUCAGAAGGCCCAGAGACAAGCUGCUGAGAGAGAGAAAGAGUUUGUUGCCCGAGUGAGAGCCAGUUCCAGAGUAUCGGGUGGUUUUCCUGAAGAUAGCUCAAAAGAAAAGAAUCUUGUAUCCUGGGAAAGCCAAACACAGCCUCAAGUACAGGUCCAAGAUGAAGAAAUCACAGAGGAUGACCUCCGGCUCAUUCAUGAGAGAGAGUCUUCAAUCAGGCAGCUGGAAGCUGAUAUUAUGGACAUUAAUGAAAUAUUUAAAGAUUUGGGAAUGAUGAUUCAUGAACAAGGCGAUAUGAUUGAUAGCAUAGAAGCCAAUGUAGAAAGUGCCGAGGUUCACGUUCAACAGGCAAACCAGCAGCUGUCAAGAGCGGCAGAUUAUCAGCGCAAAUCCAGGAAAACCCUCUGCAUCAUCAUUUUUAUCCUCGUGGUCGGAAUUGUGAUCAUCUGUCUGAUCGUGUGGGGACUGAAAGGCUGAUCCCUGAUUGAAGCUGUGGCCGUGGGUGACGGCAGGAUGGGGUGUAAGCUGUGGACGACGGCAUGUUGGUGUCUGAGCCAGGCAGGCUGACUCUUGAGAUCACUCUCUCCAGUAUUUUGAGGCUGUUGUGUAAAAUGAUGGUUCCACACUUUACCAUUUUUACCAGGGUGGGGGGAGGUUCUUUCGGAUUCAGUCUGAUAUUUUCUAAUACCCAAGGCUUUUCUAAAUACCCUUGCUGGCACAACUUCCCUGCUUUUUAGUUCAACAACUGUUGCGUUUUGCUCACGUUGUAUAUGCCUUUCAUUUAUAAUUUAUUUAUAUUGUUUGACUGAGUUUUGGGGAUUACUUGAUUGGGUGUAUACUCUACCUGCACCUCUGUCACUGUGUAACAUGUGUAACAUGAUUGUGUUAUCUUAUUUAAAAAGAAAACCCAAGUUUAAAUUCCAUUUGUCCAGUAAAUGUUCUCAGUAGGAAAGAAACCCUUAACAUACCUGUUGGUGAAAUGUCUUACCCCCUGUGGUCCACGGCAGUGCAGAUCAUUAUUGCUCUUUCACUAUUGGAUUGUUCUUAUCGUCUCUGAAUAAAAUCAGUGAAUCUUUCCCCAAUAUGUAUAUAUGCAUUUAAUGGGAUUGCAUAGUGAAGAUAGUAAGGAUAGCUAUGUUUUUCAUAAGGGCUUUUUAAUUCAGUGAAUACUAAGGAACGUGUAAUAACUGUACUGUUCAGUGAAAGGUGGGAGAAGCAUGUGAAGAACCCCGCAGUAUCUGCUCUGUUCAGAUGCUAAAGGUUCCUGUUUCUUCCUGCACUGAGCCACUUUUGCCAGCGGCCUGGAUUGGUGGCCGUUAUGAACUUCCCGGUGUCCCACAGAACACCGCUUACACAUGUAUCUGUGGGUCCUGUCUUCACAAAGUAAUGCUCUCACAGGUACAGAUUUGGGGUUUCAUUUUUAUAUUUAGUUUUUACUUACGUUUUAGAGUUUACUUAGAUGCCUUUUUUUUAAUUAUUCUUCAUUCAAAUAGGAAUCAGAUGUCUUAUCUUUUUGAAUCAAUGUUUUAAUGCACUAAUAUGAAUGCUGUAACAGGGCUUAUCUUAGUUUAUUGUUUGUUUUAUAAUGUUCUUACACAGCAGUUUGCUAAUGAUGGCACUAUUUAAUGUGGCUCUGAAACCUUUAAAUGGGAACAAGUGAAAUAUUAACAAAAUAAUUGUAUCUUUGCAAGCAGAAUAAAGAUGAUUCUGGAGAUGUCUGCU